UCAUCACAAUUCACAAGUCACAAACUUACUCAAAUCUUCUAACAAACAUUCCAUACUUGAUAACUACAAACCUACAAUACAAGUAUACAACCACCCAUUAAUUUUACAGUUUAGUUUCAUACCAAAAAACAUACACCAUUUUUAUUGUACUCUAAACUCAGUUUUCUUACUUUAAUAAUGGCGCCUUCUCGGCGAUUAAGCGCAAUAGUGGUGCAUGUGGUGGUAGUAGUGGUGGUGUUAGCGGCAACAAUGAUGAUAGUCGAGUGUAAUUACUCGAUAGCAUCCGGAGCGGGAAGAGCGGUGACGGACCAAAGGCAAGGAGAUUCUGAAGGAACGACGGAGGCGGCGGCAGAGGAGGCAGAUGGGUCGUGGACUGAAUGGGCUAAGGAGAAGAUUCAAGGUAGCCUUGGAUUGAAGCAUGGUGAGCAACAACAGCGGUCUUCUGGAGUUGGUGUGAUUGAUGAUAAAAAUGAUCAUAUUCAGCAAGUUAUCAUGGAGACGGGAGAGCAGCAUUUAUCUGAUGCUGCUACAGACGCAAACUCGAAGUCAUAUGAAGCCUGCGACAAGGCGAAGGGGAAGUGUCAACAAGGAAAGGACAUGGCAUACGAAGCUGCGAACGAGGCUGCCACCAAGGCAUCAGAUGCCAAGGAUGCAACUAUCAAGAAGGCCCAAGAAGCAAAGGAGAAGGCAUAUCAAGGUGCUAAAGAAGCUGCUAAUAAGGCCUCCUCCAUCAAGGAUGCUACUGUCGAUAAGGCUGAAGAAGCAAAGGAAAAGGGAUAUCAAGGUGCUAAAGAAGCUGCUAACAAGGCCUCCUCCAUCAAGGAUGCUACCGUCGACAAGGCUCAAGAAGCCAAGGAAAGGGGGUAUCAAGGUGCUAAAGAAGCUGCUAACAAGGCCUCCUCCAUUAAGGAUGCUACUGUCGAAAAGGCCCAAGAAGUCGGGGAAAGGGGAUAUCAAGGUGCUAAAGAAGCAGCUAACAAAGCCGCCUCCAUCAAGGAUGCUACUGUCGAAAAGGCCCAAGAAGUUGGGGAAAGGGUUCGAGACAACACUAUCGAUGCUACAAAGAAAGCAAGCGAGGCAGCCCAACGAGCCAAGGAGAGUGUGUAUGAGACUGCGGAUGAGUUAGCUAACAAGGCAUCGAUGAUGAAAGAUGCAGCAGCCGAGAAGGCUCAAGAAGUGAAGGAAAAGGUUCGACAGAAUGCGGGGGAUGCAUCAAAGAGGGCGAAAAACAAGGCUCAAGAACAAGCAGAAGCGGUGGAGCAAAGAGGCAGGGAGACUAAGGACAAGAUAGCCCAAAAGGCUGAGGAGGCGAAGGAGACAGUGGGUUUCAAAGCUGAAGAGGCGAAGGAUACAGCCGAGAUGGCUAAGGAGAAGGUGAAGGGAAAGGUUCACGAAGGGGUGCGUCGGGGCGAGGAGUUGUAGAUGCUACUUAUGUGCUUGGUUACGGUGCUAAUUAACAAGGGUAGUGUUGAUGCCCCUGAUCUGAAAAUCUAAUUUGUAUUUUUCUUAUGUUGUAGGAGUAUAUUUGCAUGGCAUUUUUUUAAGUUUUCAGCUUUCAGCUAGGGUUGUUCACUUGUUUGAAGUGGAUGUGAUUGUAAGUGUUAUGGUAACUUACAGUGAAACUAUUCAACUUAUAGUCUUCAAGUA